ACUAAACAACAAACACAACAUAAAAACACAAUCAUUAAUACCUAAAACAAAAAAAAAAACUACAACAUAUAGAUACAUACAAAUACAUAAAGAUACAUGGACAAACAUAAAGAUACAUACAGACACAAGUUAUAUUUAAAUAAGUAUUAGGUUAGACAAUGGCUCUCCUCGGCGAUUUCAAUGUGCUGAAAUUCAAUAACUAUGCUGAUUAUCUUCUGUCGUUUACCAAGAUCGAUGAAUAUCGAUAUUUGAACAGUAAAGCUGUAGCCAAUGCGGUGAUUAAGCUCGGGUAUCGCACAAAUACAAUUAUAUAUGAAGAAGAUGAAUUUUAUGAGUUACGCAGGAAUCUACUUAUGUUGCUUAAUCCAAAGCAUGAAACAACAAAUUUGUUCAGUACUUAUCUGAAGAGCACGGAUCCGGCAAUAGUUGCUUUGGCCCAUCGAGAGGCUCCCAAUAUACAGAAGAAGUUAUCGACUAUUAUAUUACUGCAAUUGCGACAGCGCAGCGGUUUCGAUAUAUCGGGCUAUAUCGACUAUGAGGAUAGCUUGAGCGCCUGUGCUCAGCAUAAGCUUGGCGCUAUCAAUUGGAGGGCAAUAUUUGAGGGUCGCUCUAUGCUGCGACCCACUCAGGAUCAUUUAAGUUUCUAUGACUGGCAUAGCGGUAAAAUUUCCUUUAAUAAUAGCAGAAACUAUUGUAUCAUACAUUCAAGUGGCUCGCUGAUGUUCAUGCACAAAGGCGAUCACAAAUUUAUUCCCGUUACGACGGCAGAUAACUUGUACAAAGAUAAUGUGAAACGCACAUACUAUACCUCGCCCAUAUACGGUUGUGUUAUACUGUAUGAUCAUAUUGUACGAAAAGCAACUUAGGCUUAAUUCAAGAGAAAAUCUUCAUUUAUAUGACAUUUUCGCACGAUUUAUAUCUCCAUAAUUUGGAUUGAUUGGAUAUCAAGGAAAUGAGAAGCAACUGAAGUGCACAAGUCGAAACUGUUCGACUAGAGGAUACCCUCACUCUCGCGACUAUGAGACACCCUCACCUCCAGAGCUAAUAUUUCAAUCAUUCUACGAUUCUUUUAUGUACUCGUAGCAGUGCGCUUGGGCUGUCGUAUGGGACUUACUAUAGGACUUGAGAUGUCUCCUUUCCUAAAUCCAAAAUAUACAAAAUUAGGAAAAAACAAUUA